AAGAGGACGUCCGGACACGCUGAGAGGGAGGGGGGUUGAAAAGAGUCUGGAAAAAAUCCUCCGCCACCACGAUCCCCGCUCUCCUGCCCUUUUUUCCCCAGAGCAUGCGCAGAGCGGCGCCUCGGCCACAGUGCCUCCGAACUACACUUCCCGUGGUGCACCGAGGGCGCGGCGCCUGCGCAGAGCGGCGCCUCGGGCUGCGCGUCCCCGUGCGGUGAUGGCGGUGCGUGGACGCGCGGCGGCGGCGGCAGUAGCAGCAGCAAUGGCUGCUGUGGAGCGGCGGCUGCCGAGUCUCGAUGACUUCGCGGGGCAGAGCUGGAGCGCCUGGGUGGAGAGAGCCGGGCCGCCCGCCGCCGCCACCGAGACAGGGUCUGACUUGGAAGAAAACAAUCGGAAUGGGAGCAAGAAGAUGGAUGCAAUGACCCUCAUUAAAGAAGACAUGUCUAUCUUUGGUCACUGCCCAGCUCAUGAUGAGUUCUACCUGGUGGUGUGUAACCAUUGUGGCCAAGUGGUCAAACCUCAAGCCUUUCAGAAGCACUGCGAGAGACGACAUGGACCUCUCAACAAACUCUAUGGCCGGGCACAGACAUCUUCAAAUUUACAGAAGUGCCAUGCGAUCAAUGGGCGGUCCCUUACAAGUGGAAGUCACAGAUCCACCAAGACCUGGCAGGAGAAAUCUCAGAGCUCCUUCAGUCAAGCUCAGCAUAUGCCAGAGAGAACAGACAAGAUGCCAAAAGAUAACCUUUGCUUGUUUGUGCCAGUUGUGAACUUAGAGAAGAUCUCCAGCCUUCCAAAGUCAGAUGGGGUUGGAGUCAGGGCUACUGCAAAGUCUUCUGACUCCACUAUCCCCAGACAGUCUUCUGCCAGCUCAAAAGAGAUCCCAGUCAAGCCCUCCUUAGUAGCCUCACCAAAGGAAACCCUAACAUCAGCCAAAGCAGGUGGCAGCUCAGUUAUACCUGCUGAAGGCUUAAGUAGAAAACUGGAGAAUGCUCCCAGCUUGGGGGAGAAGGAGCCUGGCACUGUGAAACCUCUGAAGAAGAUGCCACGGAAAGAAUGUGACUUAAACAGGCAGUGUGGGGUGGUGAACCCUGAAACCAAGAAGGUUUGCACUCGGUUACUGACCUGCAAGAUCCAUUCUGUACAUCAGCGUCGUGAGGUGCAAGGCCGUGCCAAGGACUUUGAUGUCUUGGUGGCUGAAUUGAAGGCCAGUGCCAAGAAAGGGGAGCCGCCCAAGGAGAAGAGCCCAGUGAGGAAGGAGUCGGCAUCUGAACGACUCUUGCAGGACUCCACUUCACUACCACAGGCUUCGGUGGCGCUGGCCAGUGCUUCACCCUGCCGUAUGAAGCAACCAUAUUCCCACUGUGCACUUUCCAGGUCUAGGGUUUCCUCAGAGAGUGACCCUGAUGAUCUGCCUAACACUUCUGGUGAAGUCGACCACCGACUCUAUCCUUUCCCAGUGCCCAAGAGUACUGGCCGGGCUUCAAGUGAAGAGAGUGAAGAUGAUACAGUGGAGGAUUCCCGUAAACUGGAUUGUCAUUAUGCAACACAGUCACCACGACCCCAGGCGUUCUGCACUUUUGGAAGCAGGUUGGUGAGCCCAGGGUGUUACGUGUUCAGUCGACGGCUGGAUCGAUUCUGCUCUGCACUCAGUUCUAUGCUGGAGAGACAUCUGAGCUCACACAUGUGGAAAAGGAUUCCUCCAGCUGCGGAUCACCAGGUUCUUUCCACCCCAUCCCCGACACUUCUGGGCUUCUCCGCAUCCAGUACGUCCCAGAAUUGCAGUUCCUCCCUGGUUUGCAGCCUGCCCCACAGCAUCCCAGGCAGAACCUCUGUGUCUUGUGCAGCUUCAGCCACAGUGGCUUCCAGGGACAGCCGCAGCCACCACGGUAUGAACUAUGCAGUGGGCUCGCCCCAUGCUGCAGCCGCCUGUAGCCAGUCAGACUGCAUGGGUGGGAGCCAGUCCAUCACCUCUCCACUCCCAGCCAACACACCUUCACCCUCGUUCAGCAAGUUGCCUUUGACCAAGGCCAGCAAGUCCUCCAAAGCCAAGGAGACGGCUGGCAGCAUGGAGCCAGAGGCCUUGGCCCGGAAGCGCAAGCAGUCUCCCAGCGCCCCGGCUAGCCCGCCAUACAAACAGACUUGUUUCCUGGAUCUGGGCAAGAGCAAGGCAGCUGGCUGCCAGGUCUCCCACCCUUCUGCCAAGGCCAAGCCAUCUGUGAUCUCUUCCUCCACUCUUUCCUUGAACGGAACAGCCUCUGCAGGUGCCAGAUUCAAGAGGACCAGCCAUCUGGACUGCCGGGCUCCUAGCCAUGUAUCCGUCAAAGCUUCACAACUGGAAAACCGAGCCUCUUCACUGAAUGGGCCCAAAGCAUUACAGGCCAACUGCAUCUCUGAUGAGGAGGCUAAGAGACGCAAGAAUACAGCCACUUACUGUCGACCUGUGAAAGCCAAGCACUCCCCAACUCCCUUGCCUUCCUCUUCCUCAUCUGAUUUAAGUGGCUCCAUCCGAAGGAAGAAGCCAGUUGUCUCCUUGGGCUUUGAGGAGAAGCAGAACACAAUGAAGUCAAAAGCGCAUUAACGGCAAGUGCCUGCGUUCUGCAGAAGGAGCCAGCAGUCUGCGAACUCUACCCCUGGGCCCGAUUCAAAGCCUCUUUGCUUUUUAUAACUUUAUAGUAUUUUUUUAAAAGAAAAAAAAUCCUCUAAAAUAACUCAAGACUCCUGCUAUUCUUUUUCUGCUUAAAUUUAAAAAAGGAUGUGGGUGGGGGGAGAAGGAGCAGGGCAAAGUAAAGAGGGAAACAGAGCAUGAGGAAUGCUGAUAUAAAUGCAACUGAUUCCCAGUUUGUGAAUUUUGUUGCAUAUGAAAUAGCCAGAAUCAGUAGCUCCAUAAUGAAAUUAGGACAGAAUUUUUUUUCUUUUUUAAUUUUUUUUCUGGGGUUGUUUUUAACUUUUUAAAAAAGGAUUCCAAAGUGUGGGAAAAGGGGACCCUGGUACCAAUUAGUUUGUGAGGCAAGGUCAACCACUUUGCUAGGAGUGUCAUUGGGUAUUAGCACAGCUUUGUGGUAAACUGCUGUGUGGUGCCUGCCUGCUUCCCUGUUGCUUUUCCUUUGCCAUUCACUGAAACCACCAGUAAGACUUCACACACUGUCCCUCCUUUUCUCUCUUUGGGUUUUCAGCCUUUA